GUGACGGAGGCGGAAGAGACGUGGCACAUAAACAGAGGAAGCAACCAGCUGAUGAAGCUUCUGGAGACUGAAUGACACGUUAUUACCGGAGACCAGCGGGGCUUCAUUAAAGUCUGUGUGACAGUGCAGGCGGCUAUGGGUCUCUGCAAGUGUCCGAAGAGAAAGGUGACCAAUUUAUUCUGCUUCGAGCAUCGCGUGAACGUGUGCGAGCAUUGUCUCGUCUCCAACCACAACAAGUGUAUCGUGCAGUCAUAUCUGCAAUGGCUUCAGGACAGCGACUACAACCCCAACUGUGCUCUCUGCAAUAAUUCCCUGACAUCACAAGACACUGUCAGGCUGGUCUGCUAUGAUGUGUUUCACUGGUCAUGUCUUAACGACCUGGCCUCUCGGCUGCCGCUCCAUACGGCGCCGGCAGGAUACCAGUGUCCCACCUGUCAGGGUCCGGUCUUCCCUCCUUCCAACAUGGCCAGCCCAGUUGCUGAUGUACUGAAAGAGCAACUGUCAUCCGUUAACUGGGCCAGAGCCGGCUUAGGACUGCCGCUGAUUGAGGAACCCAUCGGAGUCCUUGAAGAAACCACAGCCAACGAUGUGAGCGACUACAGAGACUGGUCAGCGUUCGAUGCGCAAGAACAGAGCAACAUUUACCCCAGUCACUCCUACAAUAGCAGCCUUAGUGCCCCGCCCAGCUCUGCCCCACCUGCCACGCAGGAAAACUUCAGUGGAAACCAUAAAAAUGGAGACCCGAAUAUAUCCGAGCACUCCGUCGUCAACUUCACCACUGCCACCACCUGCGACACUAUUACAAUACACACAGCAUCGUCACCGAGGAAAAUCUACGACACGCGAGACGUCGUCCACAGCUCCGUCACACAGAUCGACUUCGACGACGACAAGUACCGGCGGAGACCUGCGCUGAGCUGGUUCGCUCAGAUCCUCAAGAACCGCUCGGGUGGGAAGCGGUCGGCUCUGUCCUGGAAGCAGCGGGUCUUCAUGCUCCUUUUGGUGGGAGUUUUGGGAUUCUUUACUCUGAUAAUCAUCAUGGCGAAACUCGGACGUGCCUCGGCCGGCUCGGACCCGAAUUUAGAUCCUCUCCUCAACCCCAACAUCCGCGUGGGGAAGAACUGAAAACAAGCGCCGAUCACUUCUUCUUUCUCUUGUGCAUUACACAACAUAACAAGCUGUGUAGACGGAGCUGAAACGGGACUCUCCAAAGCACGGUUAGCCCAGCAGAGGGAGCUGUCCAGUUGAAGAGGCUGCAUUUGGUUUCAUACAUGUGAGGACCCUUCACAGGUCUUUGAAAUAGAAAAACCACAUUGAGAAUCUCUCCUGUGAUAAAAUUGAAGCAGCGCACAAACUCUGAAAGUGACCAAGGCUCAGAGCGCUCAGCCGCAGGACCCAGUAGUUGCUUUUGGUGAAGAGGGGCCGUAUUUAUAUCUACAAUUCCAGCUUACGUUUGAUGGCGAUAUUUGUAAUUACAUGAAUUUUUUUUCCCUUCUCAAGUUCACCAAAGAUGAAAGGAACUGUGCUGAGAAAGGUCACCCCGGCAAAAAUGUAGAACGUACAUUAUCCGCUGCAUAACGUUUACACUUAAAACCUAAAUUUAUUGAUUUGAUCAGAGUUUCACCGCACAGAUUUAACCCUCACACAUACUACACAACUAUUUAUGAGUGUCUGCAUUACUUCGAAAACAGAGUGCUUUGCUUUUAGACUUGCCAUACAUACUGUAUGUACAUUUUUUGAUUGUCGAUUAAAUGCGAAUACUCCUGACAUGCAGUAUUCUGGUGUGUACACGA